AUGGCUACCGUCGAAGAAUUUGAAACUUUAGACGAAGAGGUUAGAGAACUUAUUCAAACCUAUAAGCAUAAAAGAGCGACUGCGUAUGAACCCUGCACACUCGAUAAUAUUAAAGAGUGCCUAAUUGGUCUCAGCGAAGAGUUUGGGUUACUCAAUAUCAAUUACAUUUUUAAUCCACACGUAGACGUAAUUGAUAAUACCAUACGCUGUGAAGCCGUCGUCAAUCUUAUGAAUGCAGUAUGGACAUUAUUACAAACUUAUAAAAAUGUGUCGGAGAAGGCAGCUAAUCUUGAAGAGCAGAAUCAUAUCCUGGAUCAUAACAAUAAACAACUCAAUGGAUUAGUUGGGAGGUUGAAAGAAAAGAUAAGUUUGGAGAAAAAUGAAUCUAAAGCAUGUGUUGCAUCAGCACAAAGGAUAUCGGACCAAUCGGACACAAUGUUACACAAGCUGACUGACAUGCGUGCCAAGUUGUUACAAGUUACUAAGCAAAAGGAAGCCAAUGAAAGACACCUACAUAACGAAAUCACCAGGCUCAAGUUACAAAAUGAUAAACUUACUGAUAGACUGAGGAAUAAAGAUGUUCACAGUCAUCCUAAUAAUGCAUCUCAUGCAGCAUGUAAAACUUUGAAAUCAGAACAAGAAGACUACACCAAACAUUUGAAGAAAGUUAUAAGUAAACUGGAGGCCAAUAAUCAAAUGUUAUUACAAGAAGUUCUCAAACUUAAAGAAGAACUCCUUUUCAGAGGAAUGGAUCAAUUCACUCUAGACCAUGGAAAAAAUAAAUAA